AUGGAACAGACCGCCGAAGGCACGCUCGAAGUCUUCGAGUCGACCGCCGAGCGCGACGAGGUGAUGCACUCGGAUCGCAUUUACCACUGCAUGGAGUACCGCCUCCCGCUGCAGCCGCUCGACGCAAAGGACGCGGCCAGCGUCGAGCCAGCGCUUGCCGCCUCCGUGCUUGCGCCCGGCGCCAUCUACUCGGCCACGGGCACCAACGGCGACGUGCACAAGACGUGUCUAGCCAUGUGGCAGCUCUGCCGGCAGCACGGCGUCAUGUUUCGCUUCAACACGGACAUCACCGACAUUCUCAUCGUCGACAACCGCGUGGUCGCUGUUCAAGCCCACGACGGCGACCUCAUUGAAGGCGACUCGUUCGUGCUGGCACUCGGGAACCACACGCCGGCGGUCGCCAAGCUCGCCGGCGUCAAGCUGCCCAUGUACCCCGUCAAGGGUUAUGUGCUCAGUGUCCCGCGCAACGAAGCGUUCCCGCCGCUCACGUGCAAUGUGUACGCAGGUGGGAACGCACUCGUGUCGCCCAUGGCCGACGGCUCGCUGCGGAUAUCGGGCGGCGCGGACUUUGCCGGUUUCAACUACAAGAGCGAUCCGAAGCGGGUCAAGUGGCUCUUGAAGCAGGCCAAGCGCCUCUUCCCCGAGACGUACUUCGACGAGUCGAAGCUCGAGUCGCACGCGUGUCUUCGACCAGUGAGCGCCGACGACGUCCCGUUCAUUGGCCAGACGCUGGUCGACAACCUCUUUGUCAACACGGGCCACGGCUCGAAGGGCUGGACGCUCUCGUUCGGCUCCGGCGCGCUCCUCGCCGACCAAAUCAGCGGGCGGACACCCGAGAUCAACAUUGAAAAGUACUCGCCGCUGCGCUUCGGCCUCUUUAGUUAG